CCCAAGAGACAUGCGGCGAUUUCAGGUGGUGGUGUCCACGACGGUCAGCGUGGACGGACACGUCCUGGCUGUGUCUGAUAACAUGUUUGUACACAAUAACUCUAAACAUGGACGCAGAGCUCGCAGGCUGGACCCGUCUGAAGGCACUCCGUCAUACCUGGAACACGCUACCCCUUGCAUUAAGGCCAUCAGUCCCAGUGAAGGCUGGACGACAGGGGGUGCCACAGUCAUCAUCAUUGGUGAUAACUUCUUUGACGGCCUACAGGUCAUUUUUGGCACCAUGCUGGUCUGGAGUGAGCUCAUUACCCCUCACGCCAUUCGAGUGCAGACUCCUCCCAGACACAUUCCCGGGGUUGUGGAAGUCACUCUGUCCUACAAGUCAAAGCAGUUCUGCAAAGGUACACCAGGCAGAUUUAUCUACACAGCACUGAAUGAACCCACAAUUGACUAUGGUUUCCAGCGGCUACAGAAGGUGAUCCCUAGACACCCAGGCGACCCUGAGCGCUUACCAAAGGAGGUGAUUCUGAAGAGGGCAGCAGACCUGGUGGAAGCUCUGUAUGGGAUGCCACACAAUAAUCAGGAGAUCAUUCUGAAAAGAGCAGCAGAUAUCGCAGAGGCACUCUACAAUGUCCCACGUGGACACAACCAGCUGCCAGGUCUGGCUAACAGCUCAGUUCACGCUGGCAUGAUGGGAGUCAACUCCUUCCACGGCCAGCUCGCUGUCAAUGUCUCUGAGUCCACACAAGGAGCCAAUCAGGGUUUCAGUCGAAACACAAGCAGUGUGUCCCCUCAUGGUUAUGUACCCAGCACGACACCCCAGCAGAGUAGCUACAGUACCGUCUCUACCAAUAUGAAUGGAUACGGCAACACAGGCAUGACCACGCUGGGAGGGUCGCCCAACUUCCUCAAUGGCUCUGCUGCCAACUCUCCUUAUGCCAUUGUUCCUUCCAGUCCCACCAUGGCCUCCUCCACCAGUCUUCCCUCCAACUGCAGCAGUUCCUCAGGCAUCUUCUCUUUCUCUCCGGCCAACAUGGUGUCUGCAGUCAAACAGAAGAGCGCUUUUGCUCCCGUUGUGCGGCCCCAGGUCUCGCCACCCCCCACCUGCACCAGUGCCAAUGGAAACGGCCUCCAAGGUAUGCUCUGA